AUGUCGGAAGCUCCAGCAAAGAAAGCAAAGCUAGAAGCGAGGUCCAUCACCAUCGGGACAGACAUGAUAAGCAGUGUCAUUACUCUGCAGAAGGCCAGACCAUGGUAUAUGGACGACAAGGAGGGCUCCAAUCUUGCUAAAGACAACGAGGUAUCUUUGAAGGAAAUCUUUGAUGGAUCGAAAGUCGCGGUAUUUGGAGUGCCUGCUCCUUUCACGGGAACUUGCACAAACGAGCAUUGGCCAGGAUACAAUGAGAAUGCUGACGCCAUUCUGAAAGAAGCCGACAAGCUGAUCUGCUACGCCGUCAGCGACCCGUACGCCCAUCAUGCCUGGGGCAAGGCACUUGGAAAUGAUUUCAGCAAAAUCGAAUUUCUUGCUGAUGAUGACGGUUCGUUUGCAAAGGCAUAUGGCUUGGAAUUUGAUUGCAACGUUGUCUCGCUCGGGACUCGUGCCAAGCGGUUUAGCAUGUUCGUGGACAAUGGAAACGUCAAAUUCUUUCAGCUUGUGGAGGAUGCCAAGAAGGACGCUGCAACUCUUCUUCAGGGGAUCAAGGACUUGAAAGACGAAUGA